GACUCCCCGCAAUACGCCAAAGAAGCUUGAGCGCUGGCGUUGCACUGCUUUCCUUCCACAAACAAAGCCGUAAACCUCAAUGGCUGCCUCGCUCGACAACCGCGCGACUGCCGUUGGCGCAACACAGUACAAGAGGGCCACAACGCAGCCCGAGAACCCGUUCGCCAGCCUUAUCCCCGACCAAACGUUCGCCAUCAUCCCCGAAGUCGAGCUCGAGUCCGGCGUCGUCCUCCAGCAUGUGUCGGUGGCAUACAAGACGUAUGGCAGGCUGUCACCGGGGGGCGACAAUGCCAUGGUCAUCUGCCAUGCGCUGACGGGAAGCGCCGACGUGGGCGAUUGGUGGGGGCCUCUGCUGGGUGGACCAGGCAAGGCCUUCGACACGUCGCGAUUCUUUGUCGUGUGCAUGAACAGCCUGGGCAGCCCGUACGGCAGCGCCAGCCCCGUCACGGCGCGGGACGGUAAUGCUGCGAACGGGCGUUAUGGACCCGAGUUCCCGCUGACAACAGUGCGAGACGACGUCAACAUCUUCAAGCUGGUCCUCGACGACCUCGGCGUCAAGCAGAUCGCGGCCGUCAUCGGCGGUUCUAUGGGCGGCAUGCUCGUGCUCGAGUUUGCUUACUUCGGCAAAGACUACGUCCGCAACAUCAUCCCCAUUGCCACGUCCGCCCGCUACAGCGCCUGGGGCAUCAGCUGGGGCGAGGCCCAGCGCCAGAGCAUCUACAGCGACCCCAAGUACGACGACGGCUACUAUGCAUUCGAAGACCCGCCCUCGACGGGGCUGGGAGCUGCACGCAUGUCUGCGCUGCUGACCUACCGGAGUCGCGACUCGUUCGAGUCCCGCUUUGGCCGCAACACCCCUGACUUGUCCAAGAAGCAGAGCAUCAACACCGUACCUCGACCGACCACCCCUUCGAACGAACACUGGGCGAUCCACAACCACGGCCACAAGAACGCCGGCUCACCGCGGGCCUCCGCAUCGAGGACGAACAGCAGUGCUGCCCUGAGCAUGUCAGCCUCAGCUGCUGCAAAGACCGCCGAUCUUGAGUUCUCCGAUGCAUCGAACCCCUCGACCCCCCCCCUUCGACGUACCGACUCGACGGCGAGCGCCAAGGCCAAACCACUGGCCCAGCACUACUUCUCGGCUCAGUCAUACCUACGCUACCAGGGCGAGAAGUUCAUCAAGCGCUUCGACGCGAACUGCUACAUCGCCAUCACCCGCAAGCUCGACACCCACGAUGUCUCUCGUCACCGAUACCCAGAAGGCGAGGAUGAGCAGAGCCUCGACCCCGUUUCGGCCUUGCACCACGCACUCUCCUUGAUCGAACAGCCAACACUUGUGCUUGGCAUCCAGUCCGAUGGACUCUUCACAUACGCAGAGCAACAGGAACUCGCAGCACACAUCCCGAACGCAACUCUAAAGACCAUCGACUCGCCUGAUGGCCACGACGCCUUCCUCCUGGAGUUCGAUCAGGUCAACCGCCAUCUGCUUGGCUUCCUGAACCAGUACCUUCCAGAUAUUAUGGGCAGGACUCCAAACCCUGACAUCAUCUCUAGUGACUCUGGUAUGGAGGCCACAAAGACCAGCACCUUCGGCGAAGCCGAGGUUGACGACAUCACUGCUUGGUGAUCCUAUAUUGCAUUUUAGCGCGGCGUUUUGGGUAGAAAGAAAUGCAUGGUCCGGCGUCAGUUUUCGGCAUACGCUUGAAAGAAAGCUGUACGAUACGAUACGCUCUGAUGAGAAGAGCUGAGGUUCAACCCCUCGAUCACGAUAUAAGAUGAAGGUAGAUGACUAUGUAGACAAUGAACAGGCGGU